AUGUGUAAUGGUGCUGUUGAAACUUUGGAACACUUGUUCCUAUACUUCCCUGUAUCUCAAGCUGUUCUUUUUGCUUCUCACCUGACUCUCAGAAUUGAUGCAAGCCUAAAUCUUUCAGUUCACCACUAUAUCAAGAGUUGGUUAUUAGAAGGUGGAAACUACUCAAAGUUAAAAAUGGGGAUUUGUCUGUUCUGGAGUAUAUGGAAGACCAGAAAUAACAUAGUCUUCAACGAAGGCACUGUGCAUAUUCAGAAAAUGCUUCAAGAGGCUUAUUAUUGGUUCCACCCUGAUACCAACAUUCAAGACGUUACCACUCUGCCUUCUGAACAAGACUUACUAGACUCUGCCAAGACUGUUUGGUCUCCUCCCACUCAGUCAAAAAUGAAAAUAAAUUUUGAUGGUGCUGCUGGAAUUAGAGGGUUCGCCUGCGUGGCAGUGGCAAGGAACUACAAUUGUGAGUUUAAUGGGUGUCAGACACAAGUAUUCGCAUUCAGCACCCCUGUAGAAGCUGAAGCUCAUGGUGCUUUGGUGGGAAUUGAGCUUUCCAUCAGCAAGGCUAUAAGGCACAUUAUCAUUGAAGGUGAUUCAUUCACUGUGAUCAAUUCUCUCAGGUACAAUAAUUUCCCAGUUCCUUGGAGUAUUAAGAAUACUAUUGGAAAAAUCAAAGACAAGCUAGGGAACUUUACGUCUGUUGAUUUUAACUUUAUCAAAAAGGAAGCCAAUUUCAUGGCUCACUCCUUAGCAGCUUAUGCUGUUCGGAACCAACUGUCUAAUCAGUGGUUAACCUCUCCUCCUUCUUGUAUUACUCACUUGUUUAGUGAGGAUUCUUCUUCUUAG